GCGGCGAUGUAAACAGUGCGGGUGAUGUGGAGUGGUCUGUUGCCUGCUGGUGUGAAUGAAAGUGAUAUUAAUACGAGUUCUGAAGAUGAUGAAACACUGGAAGGUCUUGUGCCUAUUUUAACAGAGGAAAGAGACCGAAAGGAUUUCAAAGAUGUUCAGCUUUCUGACUUCAAGACUGGGGGUCCUGAAAUUAUCACUGAAACCAAACCUGCUUCAUCAGUAGCAGAUGACAUACAGGAAUUCCAAACAUGUCCUUCUGGAGUUUCUUUAGAUAUGUGGAAUAAAUUUCAGAACUUGCAACAGAAAAACUUUGAAAUGAAAACCCAAAUAAAUCAGAGGGGAAGGGGGCAAAAGAGGAAGCGUUCCAGAAAAGUUAAAUUGAAAACUAACAAUACAGAAGAAAAAGAAAGUCAACAAUCCAUAAAUGAAAGCUGGUUGAAAGAGCUCACUCAGUAUUUUGGAAUCAAUGAUAGGUUUGAAUCUCUGGCAAGCAAGGAAAGCACUCCAAAGUCUGGCCUUGAAAUCAGCAUAGACAGAACCUUAGCUGACGGAGAUAUUGCACGGGCCGAGGAACUAAGUGAUAGAUUGGCUACUCGGGAGCUUGGUGUGAAAAUUACCAAAGCUGUUGCUUGCCGAAAUUUCGUAAAAACAAAACAAGAUGCAGAAGCGUCUCAGGAAGCCCAAAAGAAAAAGAAGCUUGCAUGGGGAUUUGAAGCCAAGAAAAGAUGGGAAACAAAAAGCAACAUGGGAUACAUGUAGUUAGUUUGUGCCUUGGACAGAAGGAAAAAAGCAUUUUAAAGAUAAAGGAAAGAGUUUGUUAGUACUGAGAAUACAUAAAUUAUAUUUUUCGUUAGCAUUGUUUGUGCAGAUGGAUGGAUCACUGCGGAGUAAUUUAGUUUGUGUUCCAUACUUCAUAAGGUAUCUCUGGAAUAUCUCAAAACUUGGGUCUUUAUCACUGAAAAUGUUUCCAAUUUAUUCCCUUUAACACAUACUCAAGAUUUAGUUUCUUGUUUGUUGUGGAACUAUUAAGAAUAUAAUUUUGAAAAUAGCUGUGUAAAUUUAGGUAUUUAUUAGUACCAGAAGCAAUCUUUAUUUAAAGUAAAAUACGGCAUUUGGAAUUCCUUUCUUUAAAUAAUGAGAAAAGAUAUUUCCUUAAAACUAAACAUAAUGCAAGUAAAUUGACAAUAUCCCUGUCUCUACUGCAGAAGCUUCUGCAAAUGUUUGUCACUGGUUGGUUUGAGUUAAACUGGUAAAUUUUACUCUGUAUCAACCAAGAUUAACUGUUUCAAGAACAAAGAAUUAGAUUAACUUUAUGGUGAUUUACUAUGUUGAAGGACUUUAAACUAAAACAAUGUGCCAAGAAAUAGUAAUUUCAAGUUUUGUAACAGCCCAGGUUUUUACCCUAACACAGAGUAAUUCAUUCUUCUUUAGUAGCCCUGAGGAUGUUUGAUUCUGUCCCUCCCCCUCACUGGAAAACUGUAUUUCACAAAGAUGAGAGUUUGCAAUAUUGCUAUCUCAUGUCAACUGUAAUUGGUUACACUGGCAAUUAAAUACACAGCAAAGUCUGUAAAUCACCACCAAACAGGUUUCUACCACAGAGUACCAUAAAUCUGUAAACCCUUGGAGAAAGGUUUUUUUCAUAUUUAGGAAAGGAGGAUAUACUGCCCUUUCUUUACAAAUAGGAAUUUUAUCAAACAAAAUAAACCUAUUAUUUCCCCCUGCUAUUUGAAAGAGUAAUGCAAUACCCAAGUGAUCACAUUGCGGCAUAUACUUAGAUGGAGUGGGUUGGAUUCAGAAAAGGAAAUCCAAAAUUUACACUUGCAAUAUAGCUCUUGCACAAGUGGAAACACCAAAAAAAGACUCUGGUAUCUCCUUGCACUGAAUCAAACACAUUGUAUCCCAACUUGUGUAUCUACUUCUGCAAGAUCUUGUGCUCCACUGGGCACCAUAAGAUACAAGGAAGAAAGCACUGGGUGUUACACAAGAUCUUAGGCAAGCAGAACUGGAUCCAAGCCAUUGUGUGCAAAAUUUCCAGAUCUUUCUUCAUUCUGUUUAUGUAUAAAGUGUUGGAAUUUCAACUAUUUGUAUGUAUGUAUGUAUGUAUUUAAAAUGUUUCUGUGUUGUCUUUUCACUCAAAUACAGUCGCCAAAGCAGUGAACCUUAAAACAUUUGAAAACAUUUCAACACACACAAAUCAGGGAGAAGAGUCAAUAACAGCUAUUAGGAGAAUAUCAAACAAAGCAAAAAAGUUUUUAUCCAUUUGAAGAAGAAAAUGAUAAUGGCAGACGAAUCUCCCUGAGGAAGGAGUUCCAAAGUUUGGACACCACAACUAAGUAGUUCCUUUCUUGGGUUUCCACUCAUCUAACCUUAGACAGUCUGUCAAGUUGCCAGCCCCAAGACCAAUGGGCCUUUAAAAGUCAAUGCCAGCACCUUCAUUUGAGCCCAGAAGUCAAGUGGGAGCCAUUGUAGAUGGAACAAGUGAUAUGUUCCUUAUGACACUUAUGAACUGUGGCACAUAGGACCUGCAAAUAUUUCCAGUUAGGGGGUAAUGUGUAGUGUUUGUAUAUAUGUAGGUGCUAUACUCACAUUUCAGCACAGACAGAACAUUGAGUUACAAAAGGGGGCAGUGCUAGUAAGCAUACUUCUCUGUGCAUGUUGACUUGUUCCAAUAUAUGUUGUAUGUAGAGGAGAUAAUCUAUUGGGAAAAAGAUGUUUGGGUUAAAUAAGCACAUACAAAGUUGUUAUAGGACUGGAUGGGAAAGAAUAGCAAAUGUUAAUGCUUACUCAGACUUGGGAAGAUAUGGAAAGCUGGCAGCAUGAACAGUUGAAAAGGCUAUUGAUGGUAUGGAGUUAUUUCCCUCUGGAAUCUCAAGGACAGAUGCACAUGGGAGGUCAUCUCAUUUAACUUCAGGGAAAUGGUCUUUGAGACCCAGGUUCAGUUCCUGGUUGCUGUGGAAGCUCACUGAGUGACCUUGGGUUGGUCAUUCUCAGUUUAACUUAUCUCACACAGUUAUCAUAGAGGGGGGUUGAUAUAUGCUACCCUGAGCUCCUUGGAGGAAGGGCAGGAAAAAAAAUACUAAAUAUUAAAAUAUGCACAAAAGUAUGUGUUGGACAGUGGAGGUUUAAAUAAUGGCAGUUUAGAGGGGACAAUAAUAAAGCAUUGCUGUAUUGUAUAUAAAUUCCAUAAGGCUUGAUUGCAUCUGAUGAAAGGGAAUGGAGCUUCCUAGUUGUUUUUGAAGAUCUGUAGAUGGGAUUCUUAAUACGCAUUUUGUUUGACAGUGGAGUCUGCUAAUCAAAUGUUGUGGAUGCUUCUGGCUAGCUCCUCUGCAGGCAUUGGAAUAUUCAGGGGAGGAUUCCUUCUGAUUUUGGGGAUGAAGAAGCAGCAUUAAUGGCAAUAUGAUCCAAAGGAAAUAAAUCUCCAAAAGGGGAGGGGGAGUUACUAUCUUGUAGUAGUGUUCUGGCUUUCCAGAGGAGAUCUGCUGUUUUAUAAGGAGAGAACCACAGCACAUAAGUUACAUUAAUGUUUCAUUGGAUAUUAUCCAGAUUCUUGUUUUGAAUAUUCAGAGAGGAUUGAAUACUUAAAGUGGUAUUGCAUUUAUUUAAUAAAAGUUUCUACAUACUA